AUGCCACCUUCAAGCCAAGCCCCUUCUGCUAGAUGGGAUGAGCCAUACGAAUACUUGCUCCUCAUUGUCGCCGUCUUGCAUUUGGUUGGGUUCGUGCUCUGGGAGAAGUACGCGGCAAAAGACCCCAUCUUACCCUUCGAUAUCUGGGAAGCACCCUCGUUCCCUGCCCUCAUCCUCGUGUCUCUCAUGGCGUUCAUGUCAUUUGGUGUCUUGUCAUGGUACAUCACUCUUUGGCUCUUGACCAUUCGCGACUGGUCGCUCCUCUUGGCGUCGGCGGCCAUCGUACCACAGUUUUCGGGGCGGUGGCUGCGAUCCUGGCUGCAUGGCUCAUCCCGCGCCUGGCAGCCCAAUACACACUGGCAAUUGGGGCGAUUUGCGUCGUCACGUCGUCUGUCCUGGUAG